UUUCACGGUUCAAUCUCCUGCUUUGGUGAAUGGUAGACCUGGCAACACUGAUCGUGUAUUUCCGCUGCCUGUAAAAUCUUUUUUUCCGUGGAAUUGUGAAGUGAGUCGCAAUGACCAACUCGAAGGGGUACCGCCGAGGGACCAGGGACCUGUUCUCCCGGAAGUUCCGCACACAUGGGACCAUCCCCCUGUCCACGUACUUGAAAGUGUACAAAGUUGGUGAUAUCGUAGAUAUCAAAGGCAACGGGGCGGUGCAGAAGGGCAUGCCCUACAAGUUCUACCACGGCAAGACGGGCCGUGUGUUCAACGUGACGCAGCACGCGCUCGGAGUCAUCGUGAACAAGAGGGUGCGCGCCAGGAUCAUUCCCAAGAGGAUCAACGUGCGCGUCGAGCACGUGACGCACUCCAAGUGCCGCGAGGACUUCCUCAAGAGGGUGAAGGAGAACGAGAGGCUGCGCACCGAGGCCAAGGCCAAGGGCACCAAGGCCAUGCUCAAGAGACAGCCUAAGCAACCACGACCCGCACACAUCGUGGACGGCAGCAAGAAACCAAUCAUGCUGGCCCCCAUCCCAUACGAGUUCGUGGCUUGAGACUGCAGUUGUAUAAUAAUAAUAAUAAUAAAAAAAUUAUGUGAUUCA